GCUAAGAAAUUGGAACGGCGCCUUCAGACUGCAGCAGCAAUGAUCCAUAUUGCAGAGGUUCUGGGUAAUGAAGAACAGUAUAACUGUUGGUCUGAGAUAGUUACUGCCCUUCAUCGUCUUGGGAUUGCAGGAACAUCCGAUGAUGAAGAGGUUUUGGACAGUCAAGGGCAACAAGGGAUCAUUGUCUAUGAGCCUGCAUUCCGUCACCCUCAUUUCAAUGCAGUUUUUGACCAAGUCGAUGCGACCCGUGAAACUGAAAAAGGUCUAUUUGCUCAAGUAGGACGAAAACGACUCCCACGAUUGCGUGGCCAUCAUCAGGUCGAGCGGUCUCCUCCUUCUCAUCUUCCUUUGUCAUACUACCACCCUGAAUAUUUGACUGCAAUGCAGAAGGGCCUUGUCGUCAAUGUUCCGACAGCAGCUGAGGAAGUCCCAAUUCCGAGGUAUGUGAACCUUAUAUCGAGUAGUCGUCAAUUACAUUCUUUCAAUAGUGUUCCAGCCCUUUUGAAUCAUGAACCCUGA